UCGGGAAUUAUGGCGAAUUGCGUUAACGGUUGCAGUGACAUUGCCGGCGCGAUUCAAGAUGUCACUCGUAGAAAAUCGCGGAAGUGGAAUUGUUCGGUCUCCUUUGUGCUUUUAUGGUUGAGUUUUGCGUGCAAUGCCGUUAACGGUGAGAAAUUCCGAUUGCACGAUUUCAUGGAUGAAAGUGAAUUGAAAUUUUAUUUUGAUGGUGCCAUGUCCGAAAGCGGGGGGUUCCCCGAGUAUGAGUUGGUGGAUUUGCAAGUCCGGAAUAAACGGAUAGCGCGGGCGGGCGACACCGAUGUGCGAAAGCGAGAGUUAAACUUUCAUGCCUUUGAUAAGUCCAUACACUUGGAUUUGCACCAAAACGACGUGUUAAUCUCACCACAGAUGCGUGUCGUCGCUAGAACAAUUCGUGGCGACUAUGAGGAUGUGCUAAACGGAAACGACGGAAAUCUUAACAAAAGUUGUUUAUAUUUGCAUCGGGAUCGUGAUAGUGUCGGCGCCUUUAGCAAUUGUCACGGUGAAGAUUUUGUGGGAAUUGUUUUAAUGCCCAACGACACGUUUGAAGUGCAACCGUUAACGGAUCGUUUGAAAACCGUCCUAAGUUGUGAAGGAUAUCAGCAAGAUUUGGACGCUGUUCAUUUUGUACGCAGAGUUCAUCCACCAGAUGUACCAUUUGGGAAUGAUUCAAGAUUACUGCAAAGCGCCAAAUUACUACAAGAAGAUAUCUCUAAACGAAUGAGUCGCGGAUAUAUCCCUCCAUUUGGAAGAGUUAUCAUAGAAGUUGGCGUAUUUUUCGAUGAAGCUGCCUACAAAAUUUUCUCGCCCUUUUUCGACAACGAUGAUCAAAAACUAGUUGAAAUGAUCCUAGCCUACAUGAAUGCCGUUCAAGCCAUCUAUCACCAUUCGUCCUUGGGGAUCCCAAUCGACAUAUCCAUAGUUCAUAUUGAACUCAUGCAUAAACAACCGAGCACAUUACCUCAUCACAAUGGUGAGCGGGAGGCCCUGCUUGAUUCCUUCUGCGCUUACCAAAAACGACUGAACCCACCUGGCGAUGAUGAACCCAACCAUUGGGACAUGGGCCUAUACAUCUCUGGGCUGGAUUUCUACUCCUAUGAAAACGGAUUCAACUCCGGAGCAACAAUGGGGUUAGCUACAGUUCGUGGAGUAUGCACUCCGGCAUAUUCAUGUGUGAUUGCAGAGUUCGGAACUACCAAUGCAUUCCGGCGACCAUACCCAUCUGCAGGAUUCACAUCAGUUUAUAUUUUGGCGCACGAGAUGGGUCAUAAUCUAGGUAUGGCGCAUGAUUCGACUGGCAACUAUUGUGCGAAAGAAGGAUAUAUUAUGUCUCCGUCACGUGGAACUCAGGGAGAGACGAGUUGGUCAAGCUGUAGUGCGCAGGUUGCAAGGGAUUUACCUAAUUGGGCAACUUGCCUACGCGAUCCUCCCGAAUAUGUUCCUGUCGAAUAUAAUGCUUGGAAAUACCAAGGAUACCCCGGACAAUCAUGGCCUGCUAAACGUCAGUGUGAAUUGCUUUUACUCGACAAAGAUGCAGUUGAUUCCCCGACAAACGGUCCAUAUAGUAUAUGCCAAAAUCUCCAGUGUAGAUCUCCACACCGGAGUGGAUAUUUUUUCGCAGGUCCUGCCCUGGAAGGAACUACUUGUGGAAGAAGCAUGUGGUGCGAAGGAGGUUACUGUACACCGAAAAAAGAUAUUGCAAAGCCUGCGGAAACUGUUGUUCCUGGUGGUUGGAGUCCUUGGAAGACAAGCAAAUGUGCUUCGGCAUGUAUUCAAAAGUCAAAGGGAUUCCAAACACGUCGAAGAGUUUGUGAUAACCCUAAGCCAGUGAAUACAAAUGAGGGGUGUGAUGGUUCUUCAUAUGAUGUGGAGCUUUGUGAUGAUUCUAGGAUCUGCCGAAAUAUAAAACGAUUUUCACCUAUAACUUACGCGUCAGACCGGUGCAGGGCCUUCAGCCGCAGGUUACAUACUUUAGAUCCUCGAGGAUAUGGCUUACAAGCGCCUCACGAAAACAAUCGUCUGUGGAUGGCUUGCGCUAUUUUCUGUCGUCGAGCAAACUCCUUAUCGUACUACACUCCUCGUUUGGAGCUCAACGAUCUCGGCCUUGAUGCUUACUUUCCAGAUGGAACUUGGUGUCAUUCCGACUCCUCAUCAAACUACUACUGCCAACAACACCACUGCCUCCCCGAAGGAUUUCAAUUUGGGAAAUUUAACGUCUGGGCAUUUAGUGAAGACGUCCCGAUUUCUAAUAAUGCCAAUCCGAACCCAAUGAAGCCAAUGAAUGCGAAGAUUAGAGAUUAUCUUUCUUUGGAUAAGUUCGGGAAACCUUUGAGGACCGUCCUGAAGCCUGAGGAUAUCGAUGAGAUUAUGAGGAAUGAAGUUUGGACAGACGAUUUAGAUUAUAGAGAUAUGCCAUCGAGGUAUCAGGAUGAACAGUAUUUGGUUGAUUAGUUAAGUUUAGAUAAUUUUUUACAUAUUUAUUUCAUUUGGUGCUAAAUAUUUUUAAAACAGAAUAAAGAAUGUCUUAUUAU